UUUAUUUAUUUAUUUAUUUUCCUCCACCGUGCUGUAUGUACCGCUUUCCUCGUCACCCGCCACGGUUAACUUCCCUGUGACUCGGUUUAACACUCGAGACCUCCGUGGAUGCUGCUAAGAGCACUUCUCUUGCCUUUGCUGUCCCUUGCUGGGAUCGGAUUCACGCUACCCGGACUCUGUGUGCCUGUAUGUGUGUUCUGAGUGUCUUGACAUUUUGGUUUUCUUUACAAGAGCUGUGCAUUAAUUGUAACCAAGACCUGUGAAUGACCAUAGGCUUGGCUUGACCUUGAUUUUGAUGGCUUUGUUGGAAGAUCUGAUGAUGUGAUUGCAUGUCAUGAGGUGAUUGCUCUCCAGCCCGCAGCCUCCGUGGCUCGGUGUAUAAACCACUUCUGCCGCACUGUCACUCAUGGACAAUUCCGAUUUUUCCUUUAAACAAUCCAACAACCUUUUCGGCUCCUUUUAUUUUCUCACUUCUCCUUUCCCUCUUGUUUCUCCUUAAUGUUGGGAGCCUUAUUCUUCCCUCUGAUGUGAUUGAUAGUCCUGCUUCUCCGUGCUGCCGAUUUCCAGUUUAAACUACAAUGGCUCUAAGUGGCAACUGCAGGACUUACCUUCCUGCUCGGGAGCAGGGCACGGGGCUGCACUCCUUCCCCGAGGUGGUGGAGCUCAACGUGGGCGGCCAGGUUUACUUCACUCGCCACUCCACCUUGGUCGGCACCCCUCACUCCCUGCUCUGGAAAAUGUUCACCCCAAAGAGAGACACGGCCAACGAUCUGGCCAAGGACUCCAAGGGAAGAUUCUUCAUCGACAGAGAUGGUUUCCUUUUCCGCUACAUUCUGGACUAUCUCAGGGACAAGCAAGUGGUUCUGCCCGACCACUUCCCCGAGAAGGGAAGGCUCAAGAGGGAGGCUGAGUACUUCCAGCUCCCGGACUUGGUCAAGCUCCUGACUCCCGACGACAACAAGCAAAGCCCCGACGAUUAUUGUCACAGUGACUACGAAGAGGUGUCCCAGGGCAGUGACACCAGAAUAUGCCCGCCCUCGCUCCUGCCGCCCGACCGCAAGUGGGGAUUCAUCACCAUCGGCUACCGCGGCUCCUGCACUAUCGGCAGGGAGAGCCAAGCAGAUGCCAAGUUCAGGAGGGUCCCAAGGAUUUUGGUUUGUGGAAGGAUUUCUUUGGUCAAAGAGGUUUUUGGAGAAAGUUUGAAUGAAAGCAGAGACCCGGACAGGGCUCCAGAAAGGUACACCUCCAGGUUUUAUCUCAAGUUCAAGCACCUGGAGAGGGCUUUUGACAUGUUGUCCGAGUGUGGAUUCCACAUGGUGGCCUGUAACUCCUCGGUGACGGCUUCCUUUGUCAACCAGUACACAGACGACAAGGUCUGGUCCAGCUACACCGAAUAUGUCUUCUACCGUGAACCCUCCCGCUGGUCCUCGUCCCACUGCGACUGCUGCUGCAAGAACGGCAAGGGCGACAAGGAGGGCGAGAGCGGCACGUCCUGCAACGAGCUGUCCACGUCGAGCUGUGACAGCCAGUCCGAGGCCAGCUCGCCCCAGGAGACUGUCAUCUGCGGGCCUGUCACCCGCCAGCCCAACAUCCAGACUCUGGACAGGCCCGCCAAGAAGGGCCCCGUGCAGCUGCUGCAGCAAUCCGAGAUCCGCAGGAAGAGCGACCUGCUCCGGACUCUCACCUCCGGCUCCCGAGAGUCCAACUCCAGCAAGAAGAAAGCCGUCAAGGAGAAGCUCUCCAUUGAGGAAGAGCUGGAAAAAUGUAUCCAGGAUUUCCUCAAAAUCAAAAUCCCAGACAGGUUUCCCGAGAGGAAGCACCCCUGGCAAUCGGAACUGCUGAGGAAGUAUCACCUUUAGGAUUUGGAUGGGGAGAGCACAGCUGGUUAAAACAGAGCCAGACCCGGAGUGACACAACAG